AUGAGCGCGUUUGUUAUUCUAGCCAGUCCGAAAUUGCCCCAAACGCCUCUCGACGUCUCUCGUCCUGACGUCCGACGUCUCCUGCAUGAGCUCCAAGGAAAUAUCCUUCAAGACCACGGCAGGAGCGAUGCCCGACACUUGUUCAUCGAGUUUGGAAGCGACGCGGAGCGUUCACGCGAACUCGUCAGAGUGUUGUCGGAGAACGUCACUUCUGCGCAUCAAGAGCUGAAUAGGAAUGUUGAAACCUUGUUCCUAAGCCUCCUGUUGUCUGCAUCCGGGUACAGGAAGUUGGGACUGGAAGACAAAAUGCCGUGUCAGCAAGCAUUUCGGGUUGGAAUGCAAGAUCUAACGACGCCUAUUGUUGUAAACCCUGACUUAGAUCCUGUUGCGAACCCAUGCGCAGACCCACCAGUUGACACAUGGGACACUCCGUUUCCAACCAAAGUGCCGGACGCUCUCUUGAUUUUGGCCUUGAGCGGUUACGACGCCAAGGAAAAACUGACCAGGAAGCAGGAGAAGAAGGAAGAGAUCAUUUCCGAACACGGAGGCACCGUGUCUGGAGUGUAUGAAGCGUACCGUGUGAAGAACGAAAACGGGCAGGACACCGAGCAAUUCGGAUUUGCAGACGGUAUCAGCAACCCGAUUUUCCUUCUGAGCGAUUAUACCGAAGAGAAAGACAAAACGACGACCGGAUCCUUCCUACCCGGAGCAAAUCCUUCGGCACAACUUGACCUGAUUCUUGAAAAAGACAAGAUUGGAGGUUCCUCUUCUUAUGGAUCCUACAUGGUGUAUCGAAGGCUCGAACAAAACGUUGAGCUUUUCCAACAAUAUGGAAAAAUGAUUCAAGAAGAGCUGCAAAAAACAGGACAAGAUAUCUCACAAGAUGAAGCAGAAGCAAGGAUGAUAGGACGUCAUAAGAGCGGCGUUCCUCUGAUAGAAGACCUUUCAGGUGUGAAACCAAAGUUCAGAAAGACGGCAGUGAAUUUUAACUACGCAGACGACGGAGACGGCAAACAAUGUCCGUUGGCAGCCCACAUGAUUACUCUUUCAUCUGGUGCGCAGUUCUCUCUGUCAUCCAACGCGUUCCCAGGUGGCGGAUUGGGGAAUAACCUUCAGAUAUGGAAGUUAAUUAACAGUGAAAUAAGCAGAAACAUUCUGACAAAUAAGCGGUCGCUGACCCAAGAGGGUUUAUUCGGAAGUUCCAACGAGAAAUAG